CCAACUCACCGUUGCCUUUGCUCGGUUGCCCUUGCCCCCAACCUCGCCGCCUCUAUUCCUUCCGCCUUGCCGCCGCCUGCCGCUCGCACCCACCUGCCAGAGCCUCCUCCCGCCAUGGCGAAGUCGUCGUCGGCGGCGGCGCCGGGCAGUAAGAAGCGGAAGUCCAAAUCCGGGGCCCUAACCCACGAAGAGGUGAAGUCGCUCGGCUACGAGCUCCUCUCCUCGCGCGCUCACCUCAAUCACGCCCCCGUCCUCCUCGCGCUCCUCUCCCCCUCCGCGCCGCUGAACCUCGCUCUCGAGGCGCUCAUCUCGCUCCAGUCGUUCUUCGAGCCCUUGCUCCCCUCCAUCCCCUCCUCCUCCGCCGCCACCGCCGCUGCAGGAGGUGCGAGCAGCGACCCCGAGCUCGUGUUUGGGUCGUGGCUGCGGCAGCGCUUCGACGAGUUCGUUGCUGCGCUGGUCGAGCUCAGCGUGUCGCCGCACAGCGACGACGCAAUCAGGGAUGUGGCGCUCGAUGCGUUUAUGAAUUUCGUGAAGCUGGGGAAGGACGGGAGAUUCCACUCGGCAAUUUACCACAAAUUUCUCCACGCUGUGGUUCAUGCUCCAGAUUCGAUUGAUCUUUUGCUAGAGCUGCUUGGAUCAAAAUACUUUAAAUAUGCUGAUGUUUGUUAUUUUACUUAUACUAGCUUAGACAAGAUCACCAACAGUCUGAGCAGUGAAACCACUGGCUCUAAUAAAGAUGGCUCUCAGAAUGGGGAUGACGGGUCUGAAGACAGGGUUGUUGUUUGUAUACGCAAUAUAUACAAUAUUCUGGUGCACAUUCCUACAUUGGAUUUUCAGAAGGAAUCGAAGUUUGAUAUGUGGAGUACUGUUGGCCUUUCUUCAAAGGGAGAGAAGGGCUUCCCUGAGGGCUCCUCUGCUACAAAUAUAAACAAAAAGCUAAAAGUGAAGUUCACCAAAGCAUGGCUAGCCUUUCUCAAGCAACCACUUCCGCUUGAUGUCUACAAGGAGGUCCUUGCUACAAUUCAUCAGAAUGUAAUUCCUUCAUUGUCAAACCCAGCCAUCUUGUGUGAUUUCUUGACUAGAUCAUAUGACAUUGGUGGUGUUAUCAGUGUGAUGGCUUUAAGUGGUAUUUUCAUCCUUAUGACACAACAUAGUCUGGAGUAUCCAAAAUUCUAUGAAAAGCUCUAUGCAUUACUGACUCCUGCUGUUUUCAUGGCAAAACAUCGGUCAGUGUUCUUGCAACUUCUUGACGCGUGUCUGAAAUCUUCAUAUGUUCCUGCAUAUCUUGCCGCUUCAUUUGCAAAAAGAUUGAGUAGACUCACUCUUUCAGUACCACCAGCUGGAGCUCUUAUCAUCAUUGCUUUAAUUCAUAAUCUGCUGCGGAGACACCCCUCAAUUAAUUUUUUGGUUCAUCGGGAAAUUGCUCAGGAUGAUACCAAUAUGAGUGGAGAAGCUAGUCAACCUAAGAAGAUUGGUGCUGAUCCUUUUAACAAUGAAGAGACAGACCCUGAAAAGUCUGGGGCAAUGCGAAGUUCUUUGUGGGAAAUAGACACUCUGCGCCAUCACUACACUCCUGCGGUUUCUAGAUUUGUUGCUUCACUUGAAAAUGAUCUCACAGUUCGGGCCAAAACUACUGAGAUGAAAAUAACAGAUUUUAGUUCAGGCUCCUAUGCAACAGUUUUCCAAGAUGAGGUGCGGCGGCGGAUAAAACAAGUUCCACUUGCAUUCUACCGAACUACACCAAGUUCUUUAUUUCAAGAGUCAGAUUUUCCUGGAUGGACCUUUGGGUACCAAUCGAAUGUCGUUGCACAAGCUAGUUUAGAAGGAAAUGAGAGCCGCACGGUAGAGACUAGUAAGGGGUCACCUGCCAAAAGGUCACGUGUGGAGACCUGCCCAACAUCGUUCUCGGUGACAGUAACAGCUUGUGUUGUUUACUGCAGGGUCCCUGAACAGACGCUGUUGUUGCUGCCGACCUUUCCAGAAAGAACACCUCGGCAUUCUAGGCUCACCAUGGAGGUCACUCUCCACUUUUGGGGCAUCUUUUGUUGUCUGUGUUCCUAUGCACUCAGCAAGAAUGUCUCUGCAAGACCCGAUGAAGUGAGUAUUGGAGCUCUGUUCACAUUCAAUUCCACAAUAGGGAGAGUUGCCAAGGUUGCCAUUUCUGCUGCUGUCAAUGACAUCAACGAUGACCCGAGCAUCCUUCCAGGCACAAAGCUGGUUGUUCAGAUGCAAGAUUCCAACUGCAGUGGCUUUGUUGGCAUUGUCCAAGCCUUGCAAUUCAUGGAGAAAGAUACAGUUGCCAUCGUCGGCCCUCAAUCUUCUGUCCUUGCACACAUUAUUUCUCAUGUUGCAAAUGAACUCCAAGUGCCUAUGAUGUCAUUUGCUGCAACUGAUCCAACUCUCUCCUCACUUCAAUUUCCUUUCUUUGUGAGGACAACCCAUAGUGAUCAUUUUCAAAUGGCUUCUGUUGCUGACUUAGUCGACUAUUAUGGGUGGAAGCAAGUAACAGCUAUAUUUAUCGAUGAUGAUUAUGGAAGGAGCGGCAUAUCCUCUUUGGGUGAUGAGCUUGCGAAGAGGCGAUCAAAGAUCUUGUAUAAAGCUGCAAUUAGGCCAGGAGCAAGAAAGAGUGAAAUAGUUGAUUUGCUGGUCAAGGUUGCAAUGAUGGAGUCUCGAGUCAUCAUUCUACAUGCAAAUCCUGAUAUUGGACUUACAGUUUUCUCAUUAGCACGCAAUCUCGGCAUGACAUCCAGUGGAUAUGUGUGGAUUGCAACAGAUUGGCUCGGUUCAUUCCUUGAUUCGUCACAACACCUCGACAUUGGAUUACUGAGCACAAUGCAGGGUGUUCUCACAUUACGCCAGCACACAGAAAAUACGAGAAGAAAGAGUAUGCUAGCUUCAAAAUGGAGUACACUGAUGAAGAGGGAUAAUGUUGACAGAAGGUUCUUGAUUAAUUCCUAUGGCUUGUAUGCUUAUGAUACUGUCUGGAUCAUUGCUCACGCGCUGGAUGCAUUUUUCACUAGAGGCGGAAACAUUUCUUUCUCUAUCGACCCAAAGCUACAUGAAGUUGUGGGAGGGGGUUUGCAAUUGGAAGCAAUGACUGUCUUCGAUGGGGGAAGGCUGUUACUAGAAAGAAUCCGCCAAGUAAAUUUCACGGGUGCAACUGGCCAUGUCAAAUUUGAUUCAGAUGGUAAUCUUAUCCGUCCUUCAUAUGACAUUGUUAACAUAGUAGGGUCUGGUUUGCGGAUAAUUGGUUACUGGUCUAAUUAUUCUGGCCUGUCCACUGCGACUCCUGAGACUCUUUACCUGAAACCAGCUAAUCAUAGUAGGGAAAAUAAGAAACUCUACCCUGCAAUCUGGCCCGGUGAGACUACAACAAGGCCUCGGGGAUGGGUGUUUCCUAACAAUGGAAAUGAGAUCAGAAUUGGAGUUCCCAAUAGGGCAAGUUACCGUCAGUUUGUAUCAGCUGAGAAAACUGAAAUGGUGCGUGGACUCUGUGUUGAUGUGUUUGUUGCUGCAAUAAACUUGUUACAAUAUCCAGUUCCGUAUAAAUUUAUUCCGUUUGGCAAUGGUAGUGAAAAUCCAAGCUAUGCCGAGCUUAUCAAUAAAAUUCUAACAAAUGACUUUGAUGCUGCGAUAGGUGAUAUUACUAUCGUCACAAAUCGGACAAGGGUUGUUGACUUCACGCAGCCAUAUGUUGAGUCAGGGCUUAUGGUACUGACCUCUGUUAAGAGGCAUAGCUCGAGUGGAUGGGCCUUUUUGCAGCCAUUCACAAUCUCAAUGUGGUGCGUCACAGGACUGUUUUUUCUUAUCAUAGGAACCGUGGUUUGGAUGCUUGAGCACAGAAUCAAUGAUGAUUUCCGUGGACCUCCAGCGAAACAAAUCAUUACUGUAUUCUGGUUCAGUUUCUCAACUCUGUUCUUCGCCCACAGAGAGGACACGAGAGGCACCCUCGGCCGCUUCGUGAUCAUCAUAUGGCUCUUUGUGGUUCUGAUCGUCCAGUCCAGCUACACUGCCAGCCUGACUUCCAUACUCACCGUGCAGCAGCUCUCAUCUCCGGUCACGGGGAUCGAUAGCUUGGUCGCCAGCGACGAUCCCAUCGGGUUUCAAGUCGGCUCCUUCGCGGAAAAUUACCUUAUGCGCGAGCUCGGCGUCCCAAGCUCAAGGCUGAGAGCGCUCGGUUCUCCAGAGGAGUAUAAGCAGGCGCUUGAACUUGGCCCCAGCAAAGGAGGCGUCGCGGCCAUCGUGGACGAGCGCCCGUACGUAGAGCUCUUCCUGACUCAGCACUCCAAAUUCGCAGUUGUGGGCUCGGAGUUCACCAAAAGCGGCUGGGGCUUCGCGUUCCCAAGGGACUCGCCGCUGGCCGUGGACCUGUCGACGUCCAUCCUGGCGCUGUCCGAGAACGGCGACCUCCAGCGGAUCCACGACAAGUGGCUGGCGAGCGACGUGACGUCCAUGUCCCAGUCCAAGGAGGUGGACCUGGAUCUGGAGUCGGAGCAGCUGCAGGUGUACAGCUUCUCCGGCCUGUUCUUCAUCUGCGGCGUGGCGUGCCUCAUCGCCCUCGCUAUACACGCCGGCAUCCUCGUCAGGAAGUUCUACGAGCACUCCUCCUCGUCCUCCUCCGCCGUCUCCUCGGAGCGGGCCGCUCUGCCCACCGACGGCGGUAGCUCCGGCCGCAGCAAGCUCCAGGCCUUCCUGUCCUUCGCCGACCGACGGGAAAUCGACACCAGGAGAACGGCCAAAAACAAGGCGGCGGCGCUGGCAGGAGGGGAGGAUCACUAUGUGAGCGGCGGCAGCGCAACGUCGAGUAACAGCGUCGGCACUAGCGCGUCGUGCUAGAGGCUGGGCAUUGGGCAAAAGCCAGCCUUAAUUUACAGGUUUUCUUUUGCUGCCGAUUAACUAGAUCGUAGUAUUCAUCAUCUGGAUGCGAUGCACGGGCAGUCAGUCAGUCAUACGUAGACUACGUAGUAUACUUAAUUAGCGCGCUAUUUUCUGUCCUUGUGUGCCACAGAAUUGUAGAGAUAUGUAUGCUGUGGUGCGCAUGGGGCAGCAAUCGAGCACCCCCACGGGCGUGGCUUUGUAACUUUUGCGCUCUUCUGCAUGGAUACUCAGUGUAGCAGAGUAGCUGAUAUAGCAAUUUGGUUGUGGCUUUCUGCCUGCUUCCA